CUUUCUCGCCCUUAAAUUUGGUGCAAUGAAUGACGAAGAAAAAUUGUGGCGAUUUUUCCAUCUUGGUACUUUGGUUGGAAUCUACCGACCAGGAUCUCGACAAAUAGAAGAUUCCGACGCCGAUGUUAUUCGAAGACUCAUAGAAAACGGACAAUGCAUUAAAAUCAUCGAGUACAUGCGCAGAGCAUCCCAGAAAUGUCUGAAGUUUUAUCCUAUAGCAUACGCACUGGCUCUAUGUGCAAGAGACAAACGGAAAAAAGUUUCCAAGUUGGCGUAUGAGGCACUUCCAGAUAUUUGUCGCAAACCAACACAACUGUUUCGGUUUCUGAGCUUCUGCAGGACCAGGUUUAACUGUAGAGGUUGGCCUAGGAGCCACAGAAAGGCAAUAGCAGCCUGGUAUACCGAAAACCAACAAUACCGAAACAACCCCCGAAAGUUGGCACUGCAUGUCACAAAGUAUAAAAGACGACAUAAGUUAUAUCAAAAGAGAGUAAUUAAAGCGUGCCAUCCAAAACCACCAGAUGAAACGUUCAGGUAUAUUUUUCGGUUUGUUACAAAAGGGAUAGGAAAAGCUGACAAGAUAAAUGCCGAUGAGAAGGAUUUCGAAAUUGUAAAAGGAUACAUCUCUGCGGUGAAUAGCAUUAAAAAGAAACACAAACGUGAAGAGAUGGAAGACAUAAUUGAAGCUAUACAUAAGUGGAAGGUUCCAUGGGAAGUAAUCCCAACAAAACAAUUAAAAGAGCCUGAAAUCUGGAGAGCUCUUUUACAUCAGAAAAUGCCAAUGACAGCCAUGAUAAGAAAUCUAGGAAGAAUGAGCCGACUCGAACUUUUUAAGCCCAAAAGCAGGGAAGAACAAAUAGUCUGUAGUAGACUCAGAACUGUUGACUCAUUAGAAUCCACGCAUCCAAUCCAGAUACUGGGGGCUUUCGCUGCCUACAUACGAGGGCGCGGAUUGCGAAACGACAGCAUGCAUACAUGGGAAGUUAACAGAGAAAUAGAGCGAGCGCUACUAGAUUCUUAUCAUCUCUCCUCUGCAAGACACUCAGAACGAAUGCAAAGCAAAGUCUUGAUCGCAAUUGAUGUGAAAAUGGAAAUGGAUUUCCACACGCUAGGUAUUCCUAGUAUGUCCUGCAAAGAAGCGGCAAUAGCCCUGUCUUUACUUUUUGGCAGUAUAUUCGAAGUGGAAACAAUUAGUUUUUACAAAUCGGCUCGAACCGUUUCACUAGAUCAACCUAGUGGGGAACUAUUUGACACGGAUUUCAGUGACAACCACAGUGAUCACGGAGAGACAAAUUACAGCGUCCCCUUCCGUUAUGCGGAGGAAAAGAAAUUCGAAAUUUUAUUGUUAUUGACGGAUACAUUGGAACCGAAAGAAAUCAAAAAAAUUCGGAGGUCAUUUCGAAAAAUGAAGCAGAGUAACACGGCUCGAUAUAAAAAGUGCGUUGUGGUUUGUUUCAAAAAUAGCAGACCCGCCUCAGAGCCAGGGAAUAAUUCCAUGUUGGACGUGGUUGGAGUUGAUGAACACGCCGUGGAAGUUAUCAAAGAUUUCAUUCAAGAUUACCAAAAGGAGAUGCGUGACAUCACAGGGGGUCAAAACAUAGUCUAUGAUGGUUGACAAUUGAUAGUAGGAAUGAUUUGGGGAGAGGGAAUAUAUGAAUUGAAAAUAAUUCCCCAUCUUGGAUGGGUAUUCUAUCUUAAGAUCAUAUAGCUUCAUAUCCCAUUUUUACACUGUGAUGACUUUCAAAGGCGCUCCAUUUAUAAAUAUAUAUAUUACUCAGUAUCAGAAACACAAUUGUACUAUUUAUUAUUCACUAUACAAAAGAAAAGAAUGUGCAAAAUUUCACUUUUCUGUGAGUUAUGAUCUUUGCUAAUUUUACCUGGUCUCUAAAACGAUAGAGAGUUGUUUUCGUAAAAAACCCAACGGAAGAUUUCCGAAAACAUUAUGAUUUCAAAUAUUUCGGCUUGAGCAUCACUGAAGAGACAUUAUUUGUCGAAAUGCGCAUCUGGUGCAUCAAAAUUGGUAACCGUAUAAUUUUACAUGAUAAGGAUUUCCGGGUGGUCGGAAUUAUCUGCAGAAUUGUAGCUCUCUGAAGUACGGUCAGGUAAACUGUUGAUCAUCCGGAAAAAAAUAUCAAGAAUAAUAUCUUUAAUCCUGAAAUUUCACUUUCAAUAUGUACCUGUAUAUUUGCUCUACAGAAUUUAACAUCGUAUAUCAUGUACAAUCAUUACCAUUGUUUUGAUGUUCUUGUAAAGAGUAUGUUACAUGCACUAUAGAAUCGUCAAAAGCAAUUGUUACAUAUGAAUAUGAUGUUAUAAAAUUCAAGACAUAUACCGGUAUACAUGUAUUCUUGGAUUUUCCUUUAUUUUCAGAGAGAUAAUUAAACCAUUUGUUUAUGAC